CUAAUUUUUAAGAAUUCCCCCAAACUUGCACUCUAGCACGUAGCACUUCGAAGCCAGCCAUCAGGAAGGAGAAGAGCGAAUUCCUGAGGAGCUAGUUCAAAUCUGCCAUGGGGAAAGUUCACGGAUCGUUGGCUCGUGCCGGAAAGGUGAGAGGACAAACGCCGAAGGUGGCGAAGCAGGACAAGAAGAAGAAGCCACGAGGACGCGCCCACAAGCGCAUGCAGUACAACCGCCGAUUCGUCACCGCCGUUGUUGGGUUUGGGAAGAAGAGGGGACCAAACUCUUCUGAGAAGUAGAGAUAGAAGUUGAAGAAUGCUCGUCGACUAAACUUUUCAUGAAUAUGUAACUUUCGGAUACUUUCCUUUGUUUAUUUUGGUUGUUUUGCACUUUACCAAAAUGUUACGAGUUUGAUGCUAUGAAAUACGGUUUUGGUUUGCCCGUCGCAUCUUUUCUCGAUAUUGCCUUCGAUUAUCUCUCUUUCGCCUCUUGUUACGGUUUAUGUUAUGGUGAUUUUCGGUCAGUAUGUACUUCCAUGGCCUAUAAUAUAAGCCUUGGUUUGUCUUUGUGUUUAGUGUUGAAGUUUGUAA